UUAAAAUUAUCGAAAAAAACUUAAAGAGAAUGUUGUUUCCGCUUAAAUAUAAAUCGAUGUAUUAAUGUGUUAAGUAGUGAUUAGUUUUGGUUGUAAUUAUAGGUUCGUGCGUGGUGUUUUAAACGUUUUUAAAAGUUAAAGAAACUUGCAAUGUCUGACGACAGACGUAAACUUUAUUCGAAAAAGGGAACCGGGACCGUUCCUAAAAUAAAAUAUGCUAAAAAUACCAUACAUAGUCAAGAGCAAGAUCCGAAUUUGUUGUCGAACAACCUGGGCAGAGAUUCGUAUGUCGUGAACCGGACAAGACACUUUGGGAACUCGGAGCGAUCGCCGGGGAGUUCUUUUCACAUCAUGGACCACACUCUCGAGGAGCAAAAUUCUUUGCAGCAGCCGAUUGAUUCAAAAGGCGAUUCAAGACGUAAUUCAACGGAAACGAUUACAAAGUGCGAUAACAUCACUAAAUAUCCCGAUAAAAAGCAAAUCGAAGACAAAUUAAACCAAAUUAGGGAGUGCUUAAACAUUACUUCUUCGAUCGUUUCAAAUAUGAAAAAUUCCGAUGACCAUCAUCAGUACGAUCAAAUCGAAAAAGAAGAAAUCGAAAAGACUUAUAACGAUCUAAAAGAUAGCGAAAAUAAAUUGAGUAAAAUGUUGUCUGAUAUUGAGGAAUUUGAAAAUAGCGAUAAUCAAGGUGAUCGUUUAAAGUCGAUUGAAAAUGGAAUUGAUACCGUACAAGAGCAAAUCAUGCGAUUACCGAAGAAUCAAAUUGAAAAAAAGGUCGAACAAACCAACCACCAAUUAGAACUGCUCCUCGAACAAGAAAAUCUCCUCUUAACGCUCCAACAAAAAGCCGAAAAUCAACUUCGUGAGGCUCGAUUAGCACAGCAAAAAUUAAUUUCGCACCAAAAUUACGACGUUGAUUCUUCCUCCGAAAACGCAAGCAGCAAAAAGGGGAACCAAGAUAUUCGGGAAUUAGAGGAGCGUUGGAAUGCGUUGAGAUUGGAGCCAUCGACUUCGAAUAAUUUAACGGAGAAUUUGCAAAAUCAAGUUGAGGUUUUACAACAUAAAGUGGGGCAAUUACGGGAUACUAACGAUAAUCGGACCCAUUUAAUACAAAUGCUGGAUAAACGCGAUGUUCAAUUACAAAACGAACACGCGGAGUUGCAAGGAAAACUUUGGGAGUUACAAAAUAAAAAGAGACAAGUCGACCAAUUAGUAUCGCAGUUGCAAACGAUGAAUGACGAAUCAGAAGAGGAUGACAUGGGGAGUCAAGUGAGAAAAAUUGUUGUCAUGAAGGAACAAUUAUCGAAAUUAAAAGAUAUGUUAGAGGUGGUUAAAAACUCUGAGUUAAACUUUAACGAAUCCGAUAACGAAAUUAAUGAAAUUGUAACAACCUCGAAAUCACACAAUUUAAUCCAACGCAAUCAAUUAGAUGAUAACCCGACCCGAUCAAACCCGUCAAACGAACAAAAACUCAAAGACAAACAAGUUAACAAAAAAACAAUGAACGCCCAAGAAAAAGAACGAUUAAAACUCCAAGGGGAAUUACAAGCGAAAAAACGCGAACUCGAGGAAUUAAUGUGCAAACACAAAGCUGCAUCAUCUAACCUAAAUCAAGACGUUCAAUGCGAAUAUAAACCCGAUAUGGCAACGAUUAAUAACACGUUUGAAGCGGCGGCUUUUUAUAGGAUGUAUCCAACCACCCCGAAAAGUGGGGCUUACUCAAGUGAUGAAGCCGAAGAAGAAGGGGACGCUAACGAAUACUCAGAUGAAAAUGUAAAUUCAGACGUGGCAAGUAACCCGGUACCUUCAGCAAUGAUCCCAAUUGAAGUUACAACGAUCGAUGAUUACUUAAAAAAUCAACAACAAGCGAGGCAAUUCCUUUUUUGCCCCGAACGAGCUUCCGAAACUAGGGCCUCCUCGAGAACUGCCGACAAUAACAGCGGGAUACAACCGAUUUCGAACACCACCGGAUUACCAAAGCAACGAAUUCGAAGUAACAGCGAAAGAGAUUCCCAAAAUAAAACUCAAACUCAAAAACAAUUAGAGUUAAUUCGAAGCGUUUGCGAUUCGAUGUUGGAGCAACAAAAUUUGAUUACGAAGCAACCAAGGCGGUCUUUACAAAACGUUAGGAAUAAUUUAACUCCUUCUCCGUUGUAUUCGGAACCGCGUCGGGAAUUUUCGUCGUCACCGAACCCGAUGAACGCGUUAAAUGUGGUUAAUAACGCCCCGAGUGGUUCGUCGAAUCAAACGGGAGGGUUUGAUAAUAUUUUUAACGCGGCGAAUUCUUUACCUCCGAAUUUUAAUCUCGAUCCUAAUUCGAAUUAUCAAAAUUGGAUCGCAACCAACACUUUGCAAACGCAAGCUUAUAUGUUGAAUACGUUGAAUCAAUGUUGCCAAAUGUUGUGGUUACAACAAAAAGAAAUUGCAACUUUGAGAAGUAAUGUUAUGAUGAUGCAAGAAAAGUUAUCUUUCGAACACCAAUCGAAUCCUCUCCCUCCUCCACCCCCACUUUAUUCGAAUGGAAUUCCCCCGAAAUUGAAUCACCAACAACAACAACAACAAGUAUCUUCAGCGACUUCCCUCCCAAAUUUAAAUCAUCCGAUGCAUGUUACUACUAAUCUUGAGUACGCCGCUCACCAUAAUAACUUGCAUAAUGCGCGUAUUUUAGAGAAUGCCGCUGUUUUGAAUAACCAUAGUAUUCAUCAUCAAGGGGGGCAACCUCCGUUACCGUCGCAAAUUUGGAACGGACCAGCUCUUAAUAAUCAGGUUGCCCCCGGUAAUCGAGCCAAUAAUUAUUGGGACAAUUUUCGAAGUUAUUCCCGCCAAAACCUUUUAUCAACAAAAAGUAACGAAGGUCUUCAAAACGCAUCAUCACACCAACAACCGCUCUCAAACGAUCGCCUUAACAACUCGAUUGAUGGCACCGCUUUCGUUUAUCCUUUUUCAACUUCGAGUGGUACCACAACACAAAAACGCAACACUAUUUUUCAACAAGACACCGCGGUAAGUUCGGUGGAAAAUACUCCGAGAAGAAGAUUAACGGAAAAUGAACCGGAACAAUCGAUUUCAAGCGACAAAUCGAACGAAAAUGCGAUGGUACCGGAAGUUGUUACACAAUCGAAUGUGGAGGAACAACAAGAAAUCGAGAAACCACCCCAAAUUAGAAAUAAUAGAAACGAAUGGACUACGAGUGAUGAAGCGACGAGUACGACGCAAAAAUCGAAAUUAUUUGAGGAAUUAAGGGAGAAUGUUUAUAAAGAGGUGGCAUCAUUGAUUUCGGCCAAUCAAGGGCGCCCCCAUUUUUUGUUACAAUUAUUUAGAGACUUACAAUUAAUUAGUUCCGAUCCGUUAAGGAGACAAACGUUGCAAAGUAUACAAAGUUUAGUUUCAAAUUCUUUGGUUACUUCAAAUAGCGCAACUGAUAGUUUACGACAGGUUAGUCACGAUGAAAGUUUGGAAAAUGACGCCUUGGAAAGUCAAUCUCAAUCGUAUUUUAUUUUACCAUCGUUUGGAAAUCACUUGAAUGAAAAUAAUUUGGAUCCGGAUUGCCCAACUUAUUUAUCCGACGUCUUAACGUUUUUAAAUCUCCACAGUGAGGAAGUUCUUCAACAAAACCUUUUAGAUUAUCUUAAGGAGCUUUUAAUCGAAUCGACUUUUUCGUCGGUUUUUACAAACUCCUCAAACAAUCCUAAAGAUAGCAUCAUUCAUAAACAUUUUGCUUGCUUAGUGGCCGGAGCUUUCGAACAGUUUAAAGGAAAAAAAGUGCAAGAAGUACGUUUAGAUAUUUUGCAAACAAUCGAAGAAUUAUUAAGGGGUGAAAUAUCAUUAAUUCGUUUGAUGCGAGAUAGUAUUUCCGAGGCAAACGAGCUUUCCAUUAAUGACCAACCAUUAAGUCAAACUUACCCCUUUAAUUUGCAAUCGGAGUUAUCAUCAACAACUACCGACACUCUCCAACAACAACAACCGAUAAUACAAAACGGGGAUUUAGCCGAAGCCGAUCAAAGCAGGAUGGAUAUCGAGGAGGAAGAAGAAGAAGGCGCAAUAGGCGGCAUUUUAUGCCCUUUAAACGAAACCGCAAACGAUCAAGGCGUAGAAGAAUUAGUUGACACAUCAAAUUUGGAUUUUACAAACGUCGUCGAAGCCGAAUUAGUCGAGCACGGUUUAGAUCAAGUUCCGACAAGACUCAGUAGCGCGCAUUGUAGAUCAAAAAUAAACACUUCCAGGGAUCGUUCAAAUUCGUCUAGGAGCGAUACGGAACAAAUCUAGGAUUUGAAAGGUUCCCGAUUUCUCAUUAUUUAUUAUCAUCGAUACGAUGUAACAACAAUUUUAAAAUUAGGUAUAGGAUGUGUAUUAAUUAUUAUCU